GCACUUAUUCCACUGUUGCACAAACUCAGAUGGCAGAAGUCAGGUAACAUUGGAAGAGGACCAAACUGAGUAAUACACCAUGAACUAUACGAUUCUUAGGUCAACCAUACUUGUCUUCCUCUCCUCAGCAGGUCUUUGCUAUGGAGCCGGUGUGCUCACCGUCGACUUACUUAGUGAAGUAGCAGGGCAGAGUGUGACCUUCACAACAUCUGUAAAACCGACAGCUGAACCAUUUAUGGCAUUGACUUGGAGCUUCAAUGGUACCACCAAUGUAAUAACUUCAACCAGUGUAGAUGUAGUGGGACCAGACUAUGAGAACAGGAUCAUCCUGGAUAAAUCUACUGGAUCUUUGGUGCUUAGAAACCUGACUGAAAAGGACAGCGGAGAAUAUGACUUAAUCAUCAUCCCACAUGGAGCUGGGCAGAUUCAAGGAACUGCUAAACUGGAUGUGCUGACCAAAGUGUCGAAACCCACUAUGGCCUGCCCCACAGAAAACUUAAUAGAAGGUAAAACCUCCCUGAACCUAACCUGCGAUGCUGACAGCUUUAAGUCUAGAGUGUGGAUGAAGGACGGAAAACCUCUGGUUUCUGGAGAUGGAUUCAGCUUUCACAAUGGCAACAGAGUGUUGUCCAUCAGCCCCGUGAACCGGAGAGACACUGGAGAGUUUCUUUGUAACGUUAGCAAUGAUUUCAGCUUUGACACGGCCAAAUGCAACCUUGAAGUCUAUUAUGGACCCGACAGACCAAUAAUCGUUCAGACACCAAUAGGAGCAGAACUGGAAGAGAGUGUUGUUCUUAGCUGCUUUGCCGAUUCCCUACCUAAGGCAACUUUCCUCUGGACGUUCAAACACAUGAUGAUGCAUGGGUAUGUACACUACAUUCAUGAGAUGGAAGAGAUGGACCUGGGGAGGUACACCUGCACUGCCCAUAACCGUAUCACUGGUCUGAAAGCCUCUGUGUUCCACAACCUGCAUGACUCCUCCACUCCCAUCAGUGGUUCUAUGUCCAUGUUUUGCACUGUCCUGACCAUGGUGGCACUCAUAUCGGUCUAAAGACUGUAUUUUGUCUGUGGAAAUAGAGGUUAUAUAACAACCUUGCUCAUUUUGAUCUACAAUUGGAUUUACUUUAGAUAAUGUGUGUGUGUGUUAAGUGUUAAGCAUUUUUGCUGUGUCUCUUUAAAUGUUAUUUUCACAUAAAAUAAAGUUGUGAAUGAUACAUGGUAAAAUUAACCAGUGGUCCCUCACAUUUGCUUUUGCCCUGCAGUAUUUUUAAAAUGUUCUUCAGUAAUCUACAUCUGUAACAUUCAUUGUUGUGUUUAAUGAUUAACAGCUGCCUCGGUUUGUCGUAUUGUAUAUUAAGACAACUGAAGUAUCGCUAAUUGCUGUAAUGGCACCUCUUGCUUAAGAGAACAGUACAAUUUGUCCCCACAGCAGAGAUGGGCUCAUGUCUGCUAACAGAUUCAGCUUUAAUGAAUCAAUCUUGACACUUGGCAUUUCAGGUGUUUUAUAACAGAACUACUUUAUAUACUUUGUUCUUGUAUAUGAUUCACCCGUCAAAUGUAUAAUAAAGUGUUUAUGCUGUUUAACACAGACUGAGGCCUGGUAACAUCUUAUCAACUUA